GAAUAGGUGAAGGCCAAUCAACCACACGGCCACCUCUUUUUGAUGGAACCAAUUAUUCAUAUUGGAAAGAACGAAUGAGAAUCUAUAUUCGUUCCACGAACUUCCAAUUAUGGUUGGUUAUCAAAAACGGGGAAGAAGUACCGAUGAAGAAAGUCGAAGACAAGUUGAUCCCCAAGACUGAAGACGAGUUUGAUGCCGAGGACAUCAAAAAGGUCGAGAAUUAUGCAAAAGCAAUAAACAUGCUUUAUUGUGCCGUAAAUCCUGAUGACUACCGCAAGAUCUCUUGCUGCUCAACCGCCAAAGAGAUGUGGGAUAAACUUGAGGUGACGUACGAAGGAGUGGACCAAGUACGUGAAGCCAAGAUUGACUUCCUCACCCAAGAAUAUGAAAUGUUCAGGAUGAAGGAGCAUGAUAAGAUUGACGACAUGUUCGACCGAUUUUCCAAGAUAGUCAACGAUCUUCAUGCAUUAAAGAAGACGUACACCGACAGGGAUCUUGUGCGAAAAAUCCUACAGAGCUUGACAUCCGAAUGGCGAUCCAAGGCUGAUGCCAUCCAUGAAUCAAUCGGCACAUCAAAUGUCACCAUCGAUGGCCUAAGAGGUAAUCUAAAAACCUAUGAAUCGACUAUUCUUAAUGCGUCUUUGAAUGACCAAAGGAAAGGGAUAGCACUAAAAGCCGUCAAAGAAUCAACGAUGGAUGAUUCAAGUGACGAUGAUGAAGUCAAGCUUGUCAAGAAGAAGUUCUGCAAACUUCUAAGAAAGAAAGAAAAGGUUCAGGAUGACCCUGUGUGCUAUGGAUGUGGAGAAGCCGGGCACAUCAAGAACAAAUGCCCGAAAAACGGAAGGAAUGCUCGACACUUCAAAAGGCAAAAGGCGUAUAUCUCUUGGGGUGGAGACUCCGACGACGAGUCAACCGACCAAGAUGAGGAUGAAGUUGCCAACCUCUGUCUCAUGGCACACGAAGACCAAACCGACGAUGUACAAGAGGUACAACAGAAAGAACACUGUGAUCCUCGCAGCAGAUGGGGCGAGAUUGUCGGGAUGGAUGUGACAACGCCGGAUCUCUCCACCUCGCGUGCUCCCGGAGUUGUUUCCCCAAGACAAAGGGUACCACGACCUCGACAACCAACUCCAAGCGUCGGGUUUAUGGCCAUUUGUCUCCAAGAGCCGUCGAGCUUCAAUCCCGCCUUCGUCCGGGCUUUCUACUCCAAUCUCCGCCGUGACGGGGACACCAUUCGCAGUAGCAUCAAUCUCUACGACAUAGAGAUUGAUUUGCCUACCUUUGCUCGGGUCGCAGGGCUGCCCAUCGGCGGUGACGACUUCGCAACCUAUGGUGGCGACGAUUGGAUCCUCAACAACGAGGCGGUCGUCAUUCGAGAGCUUGGGAUCACCAACCUCAUCCGCCACAGCGGUGCACCGACGAUUCACUCGGCCCCACCGGACAAGCGCCUCCUCUUCUACAUCAUCACCCGGAUUCUCCGCCCCCGGGAAAGCAGCCAUACCUCGCUCUUCAACGAGGAUUUGAAGGCGAUUCAUGCCAUCAUCCACGGCGCCUCCAUCAAUUGGGCGAAAUUCGUGAUGAUCCACAUGGCGGAUUGCGCCUCCAUCGCCACUGAGCGGAGCUUGCCAUACGCCUUCCUCGUCAUGGACCUCAUCAUCUCCGCCGACAUCUCCAUCGCCGGCCCGGAUACAAAGAUGACAAAGAUUUGGAUAAUUCAAGACAACACCUUCCAGAAAAAGUCCGGAGACCGGGACGGCACAGGCCCAAGUCGUGCACCAGCCCCCGCUCCCGCCAAGGCCUCUUUGCAAUCCAUAGCCGAUACUCUGAAUCGGCUAACCCUCACAGUGGAUGGCAUGGGGCAGUAAUUCGAGCGGAUGGACUGGACGCUGCAACGCCAACACCACGACAUGACGACGUUCUUCCGCGGCAUCAACUACGUCCCGCCGCCCUUUGACAGCACUUUCCUCGGCCAAAACUAUGAAGGCGAGGACGAGGAGGAUAACUCCUAUGCUCCAUCCUCCUCCCCCGACGAGGCCGACUUUGAAGAUGCAGUGACGGCGAUCCCAUGGACGUCGAGGACGACGAGGAUGACGACGAGGACGCCGAUGCUUAGACUUCUCUUUUCUCUUCUUCCUAUGAUUGUAUUUCUUAUUUUGUCCAUUCCGUUGUAUUCCGCAUUUCCCUUUUUCAUGAAUAAAAAGCUUACUUUUAC